GUGGAGACUGGCGUGGGUUCCGGCACGAUAUGGGCCGGGGUUAUGGGGUAGAGUAGUGAGAUAAGCUGCCGGAACCGGCACAUCGGCCUCGAGUUGCAUCGUGUAGAGUUUCGAAGUACACCCUGGACGGCAAUUGAUAUCAAUAAAUCAUGAGUUGUGAGUUAAGAGAGGGAAAAAUCGAGUCCCAAGCUGUGCUAUCAUAGAUGUGUUCAAGGUAAAUUAUCCGAAUCAUCUCAGCCUCAGUGGCAGUAAACGAUGUCCUCGGCUAUCAACCCUUCAUUCCAUCCAGCGUACGCAAAAGAAUGCGGUGACCCGUCCCGAACGAAGCGCCUCGGCUUCGGAGCAUGCCCGGCCAUCUUGUUUGUCGACGUCUGCGAAGCCUAUUUCGCCCCGUCGUCACCACUGUGUCUAAGUCCCGAGACAGUCGAGCGGUCCUCGACAACCAUCGCCGCCCUCCUGCGAGCCGCCCGCAAGACUGGCAUCACGAAUAAGGCCGGGGAGCCGGACGACCUCCCCAUCAUCUACGCCCAGACGCUAUAUACUCACCCCGAUCUUCGCGAUGCCGGCCUCCAAGCCCAGAAGACUGGCCACGCCUCCUUAUUCUCCAGCCGAAAUCCCGAGCGUCUCAGCGGUGUACCUCACAACCGGCCCGCCCUACAACCGGCGCCGAGUGACCUAGUUCUGGCAAAGAAAUACCCCUCACCAUUCUUCGGUACGAACUUGGCCACGCAGCUGACGGCCUUGGGGGUAGACACCCUCGUGAUCGCUGGGUAUAUGACGAGCGGAUCCGUCAGAGCCGCAGCGCUGGACGCGAUGCAGGCUGGUUUCCGGGCCAUGGUGGUGGCUGAUGGGUGCGGUGAUCGCGGCGAAGAGACGCACUGGGCGAAUCUCAUGGAUGUCGGCGCCAAGUAUGGUGAUGUAGUAACACUGGAAGAGGCGGAUGCUGGAUUGAAGGCUGGAUGGGGGCGGUCAUGAUCCCCGUACAUAGCUGCAGAGUGAUAAUGACCAGCCAUUGAAGCUUCCUAGUUUCCAUGUUUUUCCCAAUCAUGGUCGCCAUCCAGUCCAGCCUAGGUUGACAUAACCUUGUACAAUAUCGGCAAAGUCGUUAUCAAACGGUUCUCGGAGAAGUGCGGCUGUGGUCGAUUCGGGGGAAGGCAGCGUCCCGAAGCCGUCUUCAUGGUAGCCAGCAAAUGCUUCAGAGCCGUCAAUGGUCUGUUGACUAGGAUGUGCGGUCCUACUAUCCACCGCUGUAUGGUUAUG